AUGUCUGCUGCUGCUAAAAUCUUAAACGAAACUCCAUCUGAAUUGGAAUUACAAGUUGCUCAAGCUUUUGUUGAUUUAGAAUCAAACUCUCCAGAUUUAAAAGCUGAUUUAAGAACUUUACAAUUCAAAUCAAUCCGUGAAAUUGAAGUUACUGGUGGUAAAAAAGCUAUUGCUAUCUUUGUUCCAGUUCCAGCUUUAUCUCAAUAUCAUAAAGUUCAAACUAAAUUAACUAGAGAAUUAGAAAAAAAAUUCCCAGAUCGUCAUGUUGUUUUCUUAGCUGAACGUCGUAUUUUACCAAAACCAGGUCGUCGUUCAAAACAAACUCAACAAAGACCAAGAUCAAGAACUUUAACUGCUGUUCAUGAUAAAAUUUUAGAAGAUUUAGUUUUCCCAACUGAAAUUAUUGGUAAAAGAGUUAGAUACUUAGUUGGUGGUAACAAAAUCCAAAAAGUUUUAUUAGAUUCAAAAGAUGCUACUUCAGUUGAUUAUAAAUUAGAAUCAUUCGAAUCUGUUUAUAACAAAUUAACUGGUAAAGAAGUUGUUUUUGAAAUCCCAGAAAACUAUUAG